AGUUACCGAGUAGAUAGAUUGGCGUAAUCUCCUCAAUUUUUUCAAUUUAAAGCAGCUAAACAAGUAAGCCAUAUUCAAAUUAUAACAAAUCAGUUCCCCAUACAUCCUUUUUAAAAUCAUUCAGAAUGGUUUUAGGUCAAAUUCUACGUAGCACUUUCCAAAAAGUUGUUGGAAGUGCUCCUCAUAGUUUUACACCAACUAAUUUUUUGACACCUUCAGCAUUGAAUUUUUGGUCUAUUGACUUUGUUCGCACAAAAACACGUCAUCAUUUUCCUCGACCUAAUGAAGCAAAACGUAUUAAAAAACAUGGUUGGUGGACAAGGAUGGCAACAAAAGAGGGACGCAAAGUAUUGCAGCGCAGAAUACUCAAAGGACGAUAUGUCCUCAGUCAUUGAUUUUAUUUUAUUUUUUCAAAUGUUAAAAUAAUUUACAGUUAGUUAUGCUCAUCAUGUUUUAUAGACUAAAAUAAAAUAAAAAAAAAAAAAAAGAAUAAUAA